CCCCCAGGUGAGCCGCCGCAGAAGUUCGCAAGUUGCAGUCGAUUUUCUCGCUCGCCUGUCAGGCGUCUUCUUUUUCUGGAAUGGGGCGGGGCUAUUUCAGUGAUUUGUGUGCUAAAGCAGAGAGAUUUAGGACAAAAGAAAAGCCGAAAAAGUGAAAUAAAAACAUUCUGGAUACGUGAAUGCGUGUUGGUUUGCUGUGGACAUUGAGUGACAGCUGAAGCGGAGAGCAGGAACUGAGAGGAACUGAGGAGAGGCGAAGCGGCGUGAUGGCGGCUAUCGGUAACCCCGGCAGCGCCUCCGGCCCCAUACUCAUGCUGGCCGCUAAAACCAAGACCAAAAAGAAAAACUUCGUCCAGCAGAAGGUGAAGGUGUUCCGAGCCAGCGACCCGGUGCUCAGCGUCUUUAUGUGGGGAGUAAAUCAUUCGAUAAAUGAUCUAAACCAGGUGCCCGUCCCUGUUAUGCUUCUCCCUGAUGACUUUAAAGCCAACACCAAAAUCAAAGUCCAGAACCAUCUUUUCAACAAAGAGAACCUCCCAGGGCAUUUCAAAUUUAAAGAGUACUGCCCACAAGUGUUCAGAAACCUCCGAGAACGAUUCGGAAUCGAGGAUCUGGACUUCCAGGCUUCUCUGACCCGCAGUCCCCCGGUGAAGGGCGAGGGGCAGGGCGAGGGUCUCCUCUUCACCUCGUACGAUCGCACUCUGGUAGUGAAGCAGAUCUCCAGCGAGGACGUAGCUGACAUGCACAGCAUCCUGUCUGAAUAUCACCAGCACAUAGUAAAGUGUCACGGCAACACGCUCCUCCCUCAGUUCCUCAGCAUGUACCGCGUGACCGUGGAGAGCGAGGACACCUACCUCAUCGUCAUGAGGAACAUGUUCAGCCACCGGCUCAUCGUGCACAGGAAAUACGAUCUUAAGGGUUCCUUGGUGUCUCGAGAGGCCAGUGAUAAAGAGAAGGUGAAAGAGUUACCCACCUUCAAGGACGUGGAUUUCAGGAACAACAUGCAAAAGGUGUAUGUGACGGACGAGGAGAAAGAGAAGAUCCUGGAGAAGCUCAACAGAGACGUCGAGUUCCUGGUGAAGCUAAAGAUAAUGGACUACAGCCUGCUGCUAGGGAUCCACGAUGUGGCACGGGCCGAGCGCGAGGAAGAGGAAGCGGAGGAGCCCAGCUGCGAGGACGAAGGCGAGACGGAGAACGGCGUCAACCCCGCACCGCACGUCGGCUCCUACGGCACGUCACCUGAAGGGAUCGCCGGCUACAUGAACUCGUUUAAGCCCAUGGGCCCUGGAGAGUUCGACCCUUAUUUGGACGUUUACGCCGUCAAAAGCGCCCCAGGCGCACCACAGAGGGAGGUGUACUUCAUGGGACUCAUAGAUGUGUUGACGCAGUACGACACCAAGAAGAAAGCUGCGCAUGCAGCUAAGACUGUUAAACACGGGGCUGGUGCAGAAAUAUCCACAGUUCAUCCAGAGCAAUACGCCAAACGAUUCCGCGACUUCAUCUCCACUAUAUUCGCAUAAUUCAUCUUUCCCACAUUGUUCAGUUUGCGGUAAUUCUGAUUUGCUUUGUAUAUAUUUUACAAAAAAAAAAAAAAGAGCACGUAUGCUGCGUAAGCAAGAACGAGCGGAAACCUUCUGAAUAAUAUUAACCAAAUCACCUGCAUAUUUAUUUAUGAAUAAUCCCAGACGAGACUGAAGCCACGUCCUUUAACGUUAACAUCACGUAUCUUCCACUAACAUAUCUACACUCACGGAGUGUACUUCUCUCGAAGAAAUGUGAACCUGUAGGAAUACCACAACACUAAACCAUCCUUCCACGUGAUAGAGCUCUGUUUCUCUUUCCGAACCCUCUCUCUUCCCGUCUUUCAGGACGGAGGGAAGAGAGCCGCCUUGUUGUUCCCGGCAUAACGCGACCUGCUGUUCUCUGUAGCACAUCGCCUUUAGCAGCUUUGCGUUCUUUAAGCUGCACUAGAGUGUGAUUUGUUAAUCACUAAUUCGUUAGCAUUUGUACCUAAUGUCUAGAGAAAAAGCAAUAUUUUGAACGUUGAAUAUUUGUAUAAAUGCCUAGAGUAUAUAGUUCCAAAUGUUUUCUAGCUAUUUUAUGCCAUUUAGAUGAAAAAGGAUGGGGGAAAAAAAAAUCAGCAGCUUAGAGAACAUAACUAGGAUCGCAUGCCUUGUUGUUUCAUUUUAUUUAUAUUGCAAUUCAGUGUUUGGACCAAAUAUAUUUUUUUGAGGAUUUUCAGAAACCCAGCUUCAGUUUGUUUUUUUUUUGUUGUUGUUUUUUUUUUUUGUUGUUGUUUUUCUUUUUAAAUUAAGAAUGAACUUUAAUAUUUCACACUUCACUUCUACUGUGUGGCAUUUUGCCUCAUUCCACUUACACACUAGAAAAUUAGCAGCCAUGCAAUUAAAACACAUAUAAACAAGAAAUGUACCGUUUUCUUUAAGUUAAUUGGUUUUGGUGUCACCUGAUAAAGAAUGAGUGGAAGUUGAAUUUAUCAGCUUCAGAAAAAGUGUAAAUAAUGGAGGGUCAGGGACAGGAUCUGCUUGGCCUCUUCCAGAAGCCUCAAAUUGUGCUGACAGUCCAUUUCCUGUUGCUCUAACAAAAAAAAAAGCGACAUAACCGUCCUCAACAAUGGAUGGAAAAAUGCAGGAAGAGGCAAGGGAGAAAAAAAUGUAAGGACCCCACUGCAUCGCUGAAAAUGCUGACAAGUUUCGAGGCUGGAACGGCGAGUCGAGUCGGAGCAAGUAAAUCUGGAAAUGGUGGGAAGCAGAGCCAAGACAAACUUCAACACAAAGCAGCAAAGAUGUAAGGAGCCAUUACAUCUCCCGUCCUGCUGAGAGGCGGCUUUCCUGUGGGGGGUUUAUCCUUUCAUGAGGCUGUUGAGGACAGUGAGUUGAAAUGAAAAUCGAAGGCAUUCCUGUCAAGUAAGGAUUAAAACACUCGAGGGGUGCUGUUAUAAGAAAAAUAAUCAAUGACUGGAUGGUGUGACGUGGCCUGACAGAGAGCAGAGUUACUACUACUAACGCUAUCACACCAGAGCUGAUUAUAUUCCUAAAGCACCAUGAUCCACAAAUGUUUCACUCCAGUGUUUCACUAAAACAGCAACUUGCCACGUUUAUACUGAUCGACACGCUACACUCUGACUCGAUUUAAAGCUGUGCAACGUCCAAGUUCGUUCCUGUUAUUACUAAUUUAUAACUGCUGUCCAUGUUUAAUUCAUAACAACUGCCUUGCCAUGCUACUAGAAAACCACAAAAGCCUCCAUCCUGAUGACCAAACACUUACUGACUGCUCCAAAGUGGGAAAUAAAUAAAUAAACAUCUUACAGAAUACUUUACCAUAUUACAAAUUAUAUGCUUUUGUUUGUUCAAUAAAAAGUUUCAUGUAAAUCUCUCA